CUCACCCACUACAACUCACUCAACUAUCACAAUGGUCAACGUCGGCAUCAACGGUUUCGGUCGUAUCGGCCGUAUCGUACUCCGUAAUGCCCUGGAGCUGCAGGACAUCAAGGUCGUUGCCGUGAACGACCCCUUCAUUGACCUUGAAUACAUGGUCUAUAUGUUCAAAUAUGAUUCCGUCCACGGACGAUUCAAGGGAACCGUCGAAGCAAAGGACGGCAAGCUCGUUAUCAACGGCACCCCCGUCACCGUCUUCAGCGAGCGCGAUCCCGCCGCUAUUCCCUGGGGUUCAGCUGGUGCCGAGUACAUCGUCGAAUCUACUGGUGUCUUCACUACCGUCGACAAGGCCUCUGCGCAUUUGAAAGGCGGAGCAAAGAAGGUUGUUAUCUCCGCCCCUUCGGCCGACGCACCUAUGUUUGUGUGUGGCGUCAAUCUUGACAAGUACGAUCCAAAGUACACAGUCAUCUCCAACGCCUCAUGUACCACCAACUGCCUUGCUCCCCUCGCCAAGAUCGUCCAUGACAACUUUGGUAUCGUCGAGGGGUUGAUGACUACCGUCCAUGCCACCACCGCUACACAGAAGACUGUCGAUGGGCCUUCGAACAAGGACUGGCGUGGUGGGCGUAGCGUUAACAACAACAUCAUCCCCUCGUCCACCGGUGCGGCCAAGGCUGUGGGCAAGGUUAUCCCUUCCUUGAAUGGGAAAUUGACCGGCUUGUCCUUCCGCGUCCCCACCCUCGACGUCUCCGUCGUCGAUCUCGUCGUGCGCCUUGAGAAGAGCGCAACGUACGACGAGAUCAAAGCCGUCAUCAAAGCUGCGUCCGAGGGCGCGUACAAGGGCAUCGUCGAGUACACUGACGAACAAAACGUCUCCACUGAUUUCGUUGGACACAACGCGUCGUCGAUCUUUGAUGCCAAGGCUGGUAUUCAGCUGAACACGAACUUUGUCAAGCUUAUUUCGUGGUAUGAUAAUGAGUGGGGAUACUCGCGUAGGGUUUGUGAUUUGCUUUUGUAUGUUGCUGGGGAGGAUGCGAAGGCUGGUAUUUAGAUGGAAGGGAAGUAAAAUGAAUGUAACAUGUUGUAUUUGUGUAUCCUGUUGCGGAUCUCUCAAGUGUCAAGGAAAAUUAGACGUACUGCACUUCUCAGUUGA